UUCCAAAAUCAGCAGCAUCUGGGAGGCACUUUCUCUCUCUCUCUUGCUCUCUCUCUCUCUCCCAUUCCCCCUUUUCCUCUUCUCAAUUCCCCCUUUCACGCAGCCACCCUGCUCCUUCUCCACGCCCCUACAGUCUCCUCCCGUUCUGCAUCUUCGUGCUCUGUCCUUACGUCCUCUCUUCUCUGAAAGGCAGGAUGAGGGGUGGUGUGUGUGUGUGGUGUGUGUGCCUUCUGGUUUUGGGGUUGCGAUGGGCACAAGGACAAAGUCAAACCAACUUCACAAGGCCAAUUUUCAGAUGUGGGGGUCAUUUAACGACAGAUUCAGGCUUUGUGGCUAGUGAAGACUUCCCCACUCAUUACAAACCCAACUCCAAAUGCACUUGGUACAUCACAGUUCCAGAGGGUCAGGUGGUCAUGCUUCAGUUCCGUAUCUUCGACCUGGAGGCUGACCCCACCUGUCGCUAUGACUACGUGGAUGUGUACAACGGUCACUUGUAUACGGUACAAAAGCUUGGCCGCUUCUGUGGAACGUUCCGGCCCGGGGCGCUAAUCUCCACCUCCAACCUUAUGAUGCUGGAGAUGGUGUCUGACUCGGGCAGGGGAGGGCGCGGCUUCCUGGCUUUCUUUAGCGGUGGAAAGCCACAUGUGGACGAGAAUCAGUUUUGUGGUGGCAGGUUGACAAAUCCUCACGGAUCAGUGAAGACUCCAAACUGGCCAGAUUCUAAUUACCCAGCAGGCAUCAGUUGUUCCUGGCACAUCUCUGUAGCAAGCAACAUGGUGAUUGAAGUAAAGUUUGAGAAACUGGAUCUGGAAGCAGAUAAAUACUGUCGCUUUGACUACGUGGCAAUAUUUAAUGGUGGAGAAUCAGACAAUUCACGACGUAUUGGCAAAUUCUGUGGAGAUAAUGCACCAGAGCCUGUCAUUAGCAGAAGAAACGAAGUGUUGGUGCAGUUUGUAUCUGACCUCAGUUUGACAGGGGCAGGUUUCAUGGCACACUAUAAGAGCAUCCCACGUGGCUCUCGAACUGCAACACCGACCCUGGGCACUGUGCCUGGACCUAGAAUUGACUCUGACCUUGUUAACUCAAUUCCCAAACCUAGAACAACAUCUAAACCCCCAACUAGAACUAAACCCAAGCCUACACUUAAGCCUAAAACACCUGUUAAACCCAAAACAACACAGAAACCUUCAUCUGGAUCACAGACGCCUAAGCCUAAGCUUCCAAAAAAACCUAAUAGGGUUACACCAAAACCUCCAGUUAAACCAAUUCUAAAGCCUAAAGUUAAACCAACUCUAAAGCCUAAAGUUAAACCAACUCCAAAGCCUAAAGUUAAACCAACUCCAAAACCUAAAGUUAAACCAACUCCAAAGCCUAAAGUUAAACCAACUCCAAAGACUAAACCAAAUAUUAAACCAACAAAGCCCACACCUGCAUCUAAUGCCAAGCCCAAACCCAAGCCAGUUGUAAAAACUACCAUGAAACCAAAGAUCAAACCUGCCACCAACACAAGCACCAAGUUCAUCCCUACUGGAAACAAGAUCCCUGCAGAGAAUCCACAGUGUGCAGAGCCAUGUAAGAGGACAGGCACUCUCCUGACCAGCUUCUGUCCCAGUGACUUUGUGCUGACAGGGAAGGUGGCGUCAGUGAAUCCAAGCUCCCGUGGUAGCGUUGAGGUGGAUGUGUACAUCAUGAAGACCUAUAAGGCAGGCAAGCUUAACGUCACCAAGAGAGGACCGAUUACGUCUGUCAAUCUAACCGUUCCCUGCUUGAAAUGUCCUGUGCUGCGUAAAGGAAUAAACUAUGUGUUGAUGGGCCAGGUAAAUGAAGAGGGACAUGGCAUUCUGAACACUUCCAGCUUUGUCUUACUCUAUAAGCAGGUGCAUGAUAAAGCACUGGCCGUACUAGCUAAGAAAGCAUGCUAAACUCACUUUUGGCUCCACCAAUCAUAGUGAAAAGCAGUUAUAAUCUCUGAAUCGGAAAAUGACAGUUAUUAAGCUUAUUACUGAACCUAAUGAAAAAAAUCACUUCUAUUUUUAAACAGAUUGUCAAUGCAUCCUGUUGCCACUACUACAAAUGAAGUGUGUAUUUACCUUUAAAAUAUUAUUCACCUCAGCGUGAAAUACAGAAACUAGAAGCUUUUAAAACUUUCACUAAGAUCUGUGCACAGGACAAAAAUAUGUGGAGCACAUUUGUUACCGUGCAAAACAUGGUCUAGUAUUAUUUGUGCUAGACAGAUCGCAAUGUAUUUUUUAUUUUUAAAUUAUAUAAAGUUGUUCGAUUAAAGGAUUUUAACUACAUUCCAGAGUUUUCAUGUUCAUAUUCUGUCAGGUUUAAAAUUGAAACG